AUGGCAUCUCUGCUGCCUCCUGCUGGUAUGGAAGUCUUCAGACGUUUCACACCCGCUUCUCUGGAAAAGAUCCAACAUCGCCUUGACGAGGAGGAGAGGGAGCGGCAGCAAAGGAAAGAGAAAAACAUAGAGAUUUCAGAGGAGGACCUUCCUCAGCCUGCCAAUGACCUGGAGGCUGGGAAGCCUGUUCCCUUCAUCUACGGAGAUCCUUCACCUGAGCUUUUUAACAUCCCAGUGGAGGAGCUGGACCCUUAUUACCAGUCACAAAAGACAUUCAUAGUGAUCACGAAAGGAAACAUCAUCUACAGGUUUAAUGCUGAGCCAGCCUGUUACCUCCUCACGCCAUUCAGCAUCAUCAGACAAACAGCCAUCAAGAUCCUCAUUCACUCAUUAUUCAGUAUGUUCAUCAUGGUCACCAUCCUGUCCAACUGCGUCUUCAUGACCAUGAGUGACCCACCAGCAUGGAGCAAGACAGUAGAAUAUGUGUUUACAGCCAUCUACACAUUUGAAGCCACGGUUAAGGUUCUUUCCCGUGGCUUUUGUGUUGGAAGUUUCACUUUCCUGAGAGAUCCCUGGAACUGGCUGGACUUCAUGGUCAUCAGCAUGGCGUACCUAACAGAGUUCGUGGAUUUGGGGAACAUUUCUGCAUUGAGGACGUUCAGAGUUCUAAGAGCCCUGAAGACCAUCACAGUCAUCCCUGGACUGAAGACUAUCGUGGGAGCUCUUAUCCAGUCGGUGAAGAAGCUUGCUGACGUCAUGAUCCUGACAGUCUUCUGUCUCAGUGUCUUUGCUCUGAUUGGUCUGCAGCUCUUCAUGGGAAACCUGCGACAGAAAUGUGUCAUGUGGCCUCCACCAUUGUUAAGCAACCUGACUGUUGGUACUGACGCCUUCCUUAGUAAUGACACCGAGACAGCCAACAGCACCUUUGAUUUCCGUGAAUACAUCAACAACCCUGUAAACUACUAUUACCUGAGUGGCAGCUUGGAUGCUCUGCUGUGUGGGAACAGCUCUGAUGCAGGAGUCUGUCCAGAGGGCUACACCUGUAUUAAGGCAGGCCGAAACCCAAACUAUGGAUAUACCAGUUAUGACACAUUUGGAUGGGCCUUCCUUGCUCUCUUCAGACUAAUGACCCAGGACUUCUGGGAAAACCUGUUCCAAUUGACUCUACGUGCUGCAGGGAAGACCUACAUGAUUUUCUUCGUGGUGGUCAUCUUCCUUGGCUCUUUCUACCUCAUCAACCUCAUCCUGGCCGUGGUUGCCAUGGCAUAUGCCGAGCAGAAUGAGGCAACCAUCGCCGAGGCCAAACAGAAAGAGGAAAAGUACAACAACAUUCUGGAGGCACUGAAGCAGAGAGAAGAGGUUACACCAACUCCUAUUACAACUGAGUUUGAUCAGGAGCAGAGGCCGUGUCCUCCUGGUUGGUAUCGUUUUGCUGACCUGUUCCUCAAAUGGAACUGCUGUGGUUGUUGGCGUUGGCUGAAGAAGUGGCUCUACAUUAUUGUCAUGGAUCCCUUUGUUGACCUGGGAAUCACCAUCUGCAUCGUCCUCAACACGGUGUUCAUGGCUAUGGAGCACUACCCCAUGGCCCCCGACUUCGAGAACAUGCUGAGCAUUGGAAAUCUGGUCUUCACAGGAAUCUUCACAGCUGAGAUGGUUCUCAAACUGCUGGCCAUGGACCCUUACCACUACUUCCAGGUGGGCUGGAACAUCUUCGAUAGCAUCAUCGUCACCAUGAGCCUCGUGGAGCUGGGGCUGGCUGAUGUUGAAGGCCUGUCUGUGCUACGCUCCUUCCGACUGAUGCGUGUGUUUAAGCUAGCCAAGUCCUGGCCAACACUCAACAUGUUGAUAAAGAUUAUUGGGAACUCAGUGGGUGCCUUGGGGAAUCUCACCCUAGUGCUUGCCAUCAUCGUCUUCAUAUUUGCUGUGGUGGGCAUGCAGCUCUUUGGGAAAUCCUAUAAAGACUGUGUGUGCAAGAUCGCAGCAGACUGUGAGCUCCCACGCUGGCACAUGACAGACUUCUUCCAUGCCUUCCUCAUAAUCUUCAGAGUGCUUUGUGGUGAAUGGAUUGAAACCAUGUGGGACUGCAUGGAGGUUGCAGGUCAAACUAUGUGUCUCAUUGUCUUCAUGCUGGUGAUGGUGAUAGGAAACUUAGUGGUCCUGAACCUCUUCCUCGCCUUGUUGCUGAGCUCAUUCAGCGGAGAUAAUCUUGCUGCUCCUGAGGAGGAUGGAGAAAACAACCUUCAGAUUGCCAUCAACAGAAUCAGCAUAGCAGGAAGCUGGACCAGAAACUUGCUACUGGGACACUUAUGGACACUUUCAGGGAAGAACCAUGAUGACCCAGUCCAGGCUGGUUACGAUGUUGGCUAUGACAAUGGAGAACCUCCGGAGAGACGAUGGAGAAUUUCCAGAGAGGUGAUGGAGAACCUCUGGACAGGCGAUGGGAGAAACGCCAGAGAGGUGAUGGAGAACCUCCGGAGAGGCAAUGGAGAACCUCCGCAGAAGCAAGGUCGAAUAAGCGUGCGCUCCCCGGCGCUGGCCCUCCUGGCCCCUAGGGGGCAAUCGGUGGCAGCGGGUAGCGUUCGCUUCCCGGCGCUGGUCAUCCUGGCCUCGAGGGGGGCGGUGGAGCUGCGGUGCACUGGAGCCAGUAAUUGGGCUGUCAGCGGAGCGGGCUCCAUCAGACUGCCUAGCAUGCUCUCCGCCACAGACGAUUUUCUCUGGCUUCUCGCUGAGUUUCCGGUCCUCACGCAGCCCACCUUCUCAUCUUCCACCAAGCACGGACCUGGCAGCAGGUGGCGCCUGUGCGGUGAGUACCGUCGACUCAACAGUACAACGACACUGGACCGCUGCCCAGUCCACCGAAUCCAGGUUUUUUCCGCCCACUUGGCUGGAAAAGUCAUCUUUUCCAAAGUGGACCUCGUCCGUGGAUACUAUCAGUCUCACAUCCCUGGAAGUGUGCAGUUGGCGGAAUACGUUUUCAUCCACCACCACGCCCACCGUGGACCCCUGCAGCCUCCCUGCGAUGGGCCAUUCCGCGUCCUGGAGACUGGGAACAAGCAUUUUAUGGUGGAAGUUGGCAACAAACCAGAGCGUAUUUCAGUGGAUUGCCUCAAACCGGCUCGCCUGGACUUGGACCGACCUGUUGGACUUGCCCAGCCCCCACAGCGGGUACGCCCUCCUACCCUGCCCCCACCUCCCAACAAGGCCCCGAAGUUUUCUCCACUCCCCCACCCUACUCCCAUGCUACCGAAAGGACACAUGGAAGACAGGACGGAAGACAGCAGGAAGGACUCGGGUCUGUCCACUGUUACCUCAGACCAGUCGUCAGACAUCACGGCCCUCAAUAGUAACCAUGGCAACCUGGCCAGUAACUACAGCAACAUCCUCUCGCUGAGGGUCCCCAUUGCUGCUGCGGAAACAGAUGAGGAUGAUGAAGAUGAAGAUGAGGACAAUGAAUCUGAAGGCGCUGAACAAGAUUCUAAAUGUGAUGAUGAGUCAUCAGUGUGUAGCACUGUGGAAAAAGCUCCUGAAGAGAAGGAAGAAGAGGAUGAAGAACAAGACACCACUAACCCUGAUGAAUGCUGUAGUACCACCUGCUACAGACGUUGUCCCUGUCUGGACGUGGACAUUUCCCAGGGAAAAGGGAAAACCUGGUUUGACCUCAGAAGAACCUGUUUCUUCAUCGUAGAACACAACUACUUCGAGACCUUCAUCAUCUUCAUGAUUCUACUGAGCAGUGGAGCGCUGGCCUUUGAGGACAUCUAUUUGGAGCAGCGUCGUGUCAUAAAGACCAUUUUGGAGUAUGCCGACCAGGUGUUCACCUAUGUCUUCAUUGUGGAGAUGAUUCUGAAGUGGGUAGCUUAUGGCUUCCAGACCUAUUUCACCAAUGCCUGGUGUUGGCUGGACUUUCUCAUUGUGGAUGUAUCCAUCGUGUCUCUGACAGCGAACAUCCUUGGCUACUCUGAAUUGGGAGCCAUCAAGUCUCUCCGGACCCUAAGAGCUUUGAGGCCCCUGAGGGCCCUGUCUCGCUUUGAAGGCAUGAAGGUGGUGGUCAAUGCUCUCGUGGGAGCCAUCCCCUCCAUAUUCAAUGUCUUGUUGGUCUGUCUGAUAUUUUGGCUCAUCUUCAGCAUCAUGGGCGUCAACCUGUUUGCUGGGAAGUUCUACUACUGCUGGAACGCCACGUCUGAGGAGAACUUCCUGCCUGACCAGGUCAACAACCAGUCUGACUGUCUGGCUCUGUCUCUGGCUCAUGAAGACGUCCACUGGAAGAACCUGAAGGUCAACUAUGACAAUGUGGGAAUGGGCUACCUGUCUCUGCUGCAAGUGGCUACGUUUAAAGGCUGGAUGGACAUCAUGUAUGCUGCUGUGGAUUCCAGAGAGGUAGAGCUGCAGCCUGUGUAUGAAGCGAGCAUCUACAUGUACCUCUACUUUGUCAUCUUCAUCAUCUUUGGCUCCUUCUUCACUCUUAAUCUCUUCAUCGGUGUCAUCAUCGACAACUUUAACCAACAAAAAGCCAAGUUGGGAGGGACAGACAUUUUCAUGACGGAAGAGCAGAAGAAAUAUUACAAUGCCAUGAAAAAACUUGGCUCCAAGAAGCCUCAGAAACCUGUGCCACGGCCUCUGAAUAAAUUCCAGGGUCUGGUCUUUGACCUAGUGACUAAGCAGUUUUUUGACAUCUUCAUCAUGGUUCUGAUCUGCCUGAACAUGGUGACCAUGAUGGUAGAAACAGAUGAGCAGAGUGCUGAGAAAGAAAUAAUCCUCUACUGGGUCAACCUGGUCUUCAUCAUCCUCUUCACCACCGAAUGCAUUCUGAAACUCACUGCACUGAGACACUACUACUUCUCUGUUGGCUGGAACAUCUUUGAUUUUGUGGUGGUUAUCUUGUCUGUCGUAGGUCUCCUCCUUGCUGACAUCAUAGAGAAGUAUUUUGUCUCUCCCACCUUGUUUCGUGUCAUUCGUUUGGCUCGCAUCGGUCGAGUUCUCCGCCUGAUCCGUGGUGCUAAAGGCAUUCGCACAUUGUUGUUUGCCCUGAUGAUGUCACUUCCAGCCCUGUUCAACAUUGGCCUCCUCCUCUUCCUCAUCAUGUUCAUCUUCUCCAUUUUUGGCAUGUCCAACUUUGCCUAUGUAAAGAAAGAAGCCAUGAUCAAUGAUAUGUUCAACUUUGAGACUUUUGGUAACAGCAUCAUCUGUCUCUUCAUGAUCACUACAUCUGCAGGCUGGGAUGGUCUGCUCAGUCCUAUCAUGAACUCCUCUCCACCAGACUGUGACCCUGACGUUGAGAACCCAGGCUCGGAUGUCAGGGGGAACUGUGGAAGUCCUGGGGUGGGCAUCAUGUUCUUCUGUAGUUAUAUUAUCAUGUCGUUUCUGGUGGUAGUCAACAUGUACAUCGCCAUCAUCUUGGAAAACUUCAACGUGGCCACAGAGGAGAGUGCUGACCCUCUGUGUGAAGAUGACUUUGAGAUGUUUUAUGAAACCUGGGAGAAGUUUGACCCAGACGCCUCACAGUUCAUACAAUACAGUGUGCUGUCGGACUUCUGCGACACGCUUCAGGAUCCCCUGAGGAUCCCAAAACCAAACACCAUGAAACUGAUAAACAUGGAUCUUCCACUGGUACCCGGAGACAAGAUCCACUGUUUGGACAUCCUUUUGGCUCUCACUGCUGAGGUGCUGGGGGAUUCAGGGGCGAUGGAUGCACUCAAAGCCAGUAUGGAGGAAAAGUUCAUGGCCAACAAUCCUUCCAAGGUGUCAUAUGAGCCAAUCAGCAGCACCCUGAGAAGGAAACAGGAAGAGGUAGCAGCAACUGUCAUUCAGAGAGCCUACAGGAAGCACCUGCUGCUGCGGAUAGUCCGGCACGCAUCCUUCAAAUACCGUGAGAAGACAGAAGGUCCCAGAGAAGAGGAACAAGCUUCUGAAACACAGGGACUCAUCCACAAAAGAAUUAAUCAGCUGUAUGGCCAGGAGGACCAUCCUUCAGACCUCCCUCCAACAGGUGGCACCAGCCAAAAUCAUUCUCCUGCGAAGGUGGAGCUUCAGAAUGAGGUGCUGCUCCACUCUGCUCCUCCGCUCAACCUCCCUGAUGUCUUCCAUGAUGAGGAGCUGAGGGAAUCCAUUGUCUGA